CAUCUGAUACCACGUGCCAUAUCAUCAGCAUCAUCAUAAUCAUCAACGUCAUCAUGUCUUUAUCAGAUAAUCGAAAAUAUAAUUUUACUGGCAAAGUUGCAUUGAUUACUGGAUCUAAUUCUGGUAUUGGUGAAAGUAUUGCAUUACAAUUUGCUAGAUUUGGUGCUCGUGUGACAAUCACAGGUCGUGAAUCGUGUACAUUAGAAAAAGUGGCCAAACAAAUUAAAGAUGAAACUGGUAAUGAGCCAUUAAAAAUUGUUGGCGAUCUUCUUGAUCAAUCAUUACCACGCCGAUUGAUUGAUGAAACAAUUUCGAAAUUUGGACGAUUAGAUUUUCUCAUAAACAAUGCUGGUGGUGGUUCACCAUAUGAUAGUUUAUACAAUGAAAAUCUAAUGCAUGGAUUUGAUCAAGUUUAUGGCCUAAAUGUUCGUGCAGUGAUUCAUCUGACACAAUUGGCUGCACCUUAUCUGGAAAUAACUAAUGGUAAUAUAAUCAAUAUUUCAAGUGUAGCAGCAUUGAGACCGCAUUCCAUUUUGUAUAGUUCAUCGAAAGCAGCCAUCGAUAUGAUAACAAAAACAUCGGCACAAGAACUUGGCGAGAAAGGCAUUCGAGUCAAUUCGAUUAGUCCAGGAUCUGUAACUACACGCUAUGGUCGAUCCGUGGGUAUGCCUGAAACGAUUUUGGCCGAUCUUGAAGAUCAAAUUAAAGAACGUACAAUAUUGAAAUUUGUACCACAACCAAUAGAAAUUGCUAAACUGGCCAUGUUUUUAGCUUCGGAUGAUGCACGAAAUAUUACCGGAUCGAUUAUUGUUACAGAUGAUUUUCUUGUCAAUAGUGCUGGUGGUUCUACACCACAUCGUGAUCUCAGUGAUGAAAAACUGCUAGAAGGUUAUGAUGAAGUUUAUGCAGUAAAUGUUCGUGCUAUUAUCCAGUUGACACAAUUAGCUGUACCACAUUUGGAAAAAACCAAAGGUAAUAUAAUCAACAUUUCAAGUGCUUCUUCUAUGGUUCCGUAUGGAUUGAUUUAUAGUUCAUCGAAAGCAGCAUUGGAUAUGGUAACAAAAUCAUUGGCACAAGAAUUGGCGCCCAAAGGAAUUCGAGUCAAUUCGAUCAACCCAGGACCUGUUGUCACACAUCUUUAUCGUUCAUUUGGAAUGACAAAGGAAGCUAAUGCAGAACAUGAACCUCAUUUAAGACAAAACUUAACGUUAUUGAAAUUCCUACCACAACCUGUUGAAAUUGCUAAUUUAGCUUCUUUUCUUGCGUCGGAUGAUGCACGUAAUAUGACUGGUUCGAUUGUUGUUAGCGAUACGGGAUUUAUGCUCGUAUCAAAAUAAAUUGAAUAAAAUCGAUUUUCUUAAAUCAA